AUGCGACAGCACAGGACCAUCGUGGGCAUGGACGCGAAUGAAAUCUUUUCACACUCGGAGAGUGCGUCUGCCUUCCCGAAAGGCCACACCGGCAGAGGGGAAACCAUCUUGACCUGGCUGGCAAACGGAGACUUCAGGUUCCCGGAGCAGCAACUGCACCUGCCGUCGCACUUUCCCUACUCCGGACAAAACCCCCGGCGCCUGGACUACUUGGUUUGCAGGGGCAUCCACCUGGGAGGAGGACACGUCGGAGACCACCGAGACAGAGCGCACUCAGACCAUGAGCCCAUCAUUGGGCACCUUCCUGUCCGAGUUGAGCAGAAACAAUUCCACAAAGUGUGGGGACCCAGACACCUCCGGCACGACUUUCAGGACACACUCAGUCUGGGGCAUUUCCUACAUGGAGAUGCACACCACCAACUGGCGGCCGUCUGCAAAGCCAUGACGAACCCGGGAAGAGCCAUGGACAAGUUCGACGAGACCAAAAAACUCAAACAACUCCGACGUGAAGCACAGCGCACGCCUCCGGGGCCUGCCCGAAGGACGGCAUGGAAAGAAGUCCAGGCCAUGCACAGGCAGGAGAAAAAGCAGUGGCACACCAAACUCAACGAAGCCGCCAGCAAGCAAGACUGGCGCUCGUACCGGGCACAAAAGCACCUUCUACGCACCCGAGAGUGGGAACACUACCUGCUGGACGACGCCAACUGGCAAGGUACCCUCAAGCACCACUUUGAGGGCAUCUUCUACAAGGAGGACCCGUCUCAGGUAACCCUUCAGAUCACGGAGAUGAGGCGUGAGUUGGCGCGCCUCUGCAAAGUAACCCCGUGGCACCCCUUCACGCUAGAGGAGCUCCAGGUGACAGAAGGGCGCUGGCCGCGCCGGAAAGCGGCGGGACCCGACGGGAUCAUCCACGAGGCACUCAGUCAGCUACUGCGAGACGACGGUUGGACGCACAGGAUCGUCUACCUCAUCAAUGACAUCUUCUACAAGGGCACCCUCCCAGAGCUGCUGGAGAAAGGCGUCACCGUCCUUCUACCAAAAACCGCGACCCCGGAUGGUUGGCCCGAUACCCGCCCCAUUACCAUCUCGUCGGCAAUCCUUAAAUGGAUCGCGCAACUGGUCCUACGGCGCACACAACACCUUUUCAGACCUGUGUGCACACUACAGUGGUGCGCGAAAGGCCGCCAGUCAGUCGAAAUGCUGCUGGCGAUACGCAAAAUUGCUCGGAUGGCGAGGGACUGGGGGGGACCCUUCUUCAUCAUCAAGAUUGACGUGAGGAAGGCGUUUGACAGCGCCACCCAAACGAGUAUGGGACGACUGGUCACUACACACGUUGGAAGACGAGGGCACCCGUGGGAGGCACGCAUCUGGCUGGCACUCCUACACGCCUCCCAGAUGGACAUCCAGUUUGGGAACACCACUAUCCGUAUUCGCCAGAGCAACGGAGUACGCCAAGGAGGCCCAGACUCACCCGUCGCCUUCUCGGCGCUGGUGGGGGACGCCUUGCUCCAAACGGCGUCGGAAGUCACCAUCUGCGCAUGGGGACCAGAUAAGAAAAAGCCGCCACCCCCGCACCACACAGCGGGGUACAUGGACGACGUUUACGCUUGGGGGGAGAACCCGAACCACGUCCAGCAAGUUAUGGACACCUUGGAAAAGAUCUUUGCCACCCACGGCCUUUUUGUCAACCACAAGAAGACGAGCGCGAUCGCCAACGAAGGA